AGAAGAAGAAGGGUGUAGCGUUGAUGAGCGUCGUGGUGGUCGAGGUCGUCGGAGACUUGGAGAUGCACAGUCUGGAGCUAGAGCUCUCAUUCGGCAAAGUGCUCUUUAUUCAGCUCGCCGGAAGCGAUCCCGAGGCAGACGAGGACAAGUAAAGGCUGAGAAGGAUGCAAGUGAGGUUAGCAGUAGUGAGCUUGGCACUACAACUACGGACAUGCCAAAAUUCAAGACACUAUCGCUGAAUGAUUCACCCUCUGCACCUGAUUCAAUUGGCAGGGAACCUGGACACGCAGAAGCUGGAAGUAAAACUCAUAUUCGACAGAGUUCUCUCUAUUCACAGCGGAAAAGGCAGCCUAGACGGAAAAGAAGAGAAGCAGACUCACUAACCUUACCGGUUAAGGAGCGUGCUGAUGAUGUGAGGAGCAGUGAUCUUGACCCUACAAAUAAAGAUCUGUCAAAAGUUGACGAACUGUUGCUGGAUGAUGAACCGUAUAUACCUGGUUUAACUCACAGCAAGGGCAGUGCUGGACCUGAUUCUACAUUUGCAAAGCCAUCAGCACAUAAGGAAGCCUCACAACCGUUAUCCAAGUGGCUACAAGAACUUGAGGAUUACGCGAGAGAACAUACGAUCAAUAGUCUUGAGGAGUUCUUUGAAUAUAUGCGUCCUCCUCAAGGUUAUCCUUCACCCGAAACUAAAGUAGUGGAGGAUGAAGCAAUGACCCAUCAACAGUCUUCACAAGAAAGAUCAAUAUUGGCACCAGAACAUGCCCAACUAGAUCCGGCCGAAGGACAAUAUGCUGAUGACUCUGACAAAGAAAUUGCUCAGAAUGGGAUGAAAUGGAUGAGUGAGGAGGCGAUGGUGGCAUUUCAAAAGUACAUUGCAGAAACAGACGAUCUGAAGGGGUACGAUUAUCGAUUUGAUGAGCUUCUCCUCCAAUGUUUCACCGUAGAACAUUAUUACAAGAUUUUUCAUCACUUCAACUUCACCGUUAAGAUGAAGGUAGCCAGUGCAACUGAAUGGACUUCAAAGCUGUACUUUGCCGAAGUCCAUGAAAUGCUUGGGGAGAAAAUUUACUUCUGCUCUCCUUUAGAGCCGGAUGAAAAUGGUAAUUGCUUUGCAUGCAAGAACCAAGGGAUGGAUGAUUUGAAGCAUCCAAUAGUCGGCGUAUUUGAUCGAGGCUCUCCAGAUCUGUCGUUCCCCUACACAUACUCGAGUGGCUCUGAUGACGAAGCUUGGCUCUAAUGAUCAUGAAGCUGAUGAAGAUUACUAAUUAGUAGUGCGUACAUGUUAAUUUAUCCUCGAAUAUUGAUCAGCUCCAAAGUCCAAACCUAUCAGCUUAAUUUUGCAGGCUACAAGUCGGGUUAGCAUUGACUGGACUAGGUAGUAUGUAUGUAAUUUUCUAAGCGUCACUAUCUUAAGAUGAGGGGUCAUACAUGUGUAUUAACGUAACACUUAGGCCACUUUCGUGGCUGGGAUAUAAGUUAACUUAUGCCCUGGCAUAGAAAA